AUGAAUUUUCUGUCUCGGUCUGUUCAUCCAAUUUCGUUCGAUAUAUAUCAGUUCAAUCCUGAUACAGAGAACUUAAUCUAUGAAGGUGAUGCCAAACCUAUGUCAGGAAAUGUUCAACUGACCUCACUUUUGGGUACAUACCUUGUAGGGUGGUGUACUUAUGCAAAACCUUUGCAUCUUUGGGACUCUGCUACUAGGUCACUGGUAGAUUUCAAAACUCAUUUUACUUUCACGAUUGACACCGGCGACAAGAACUCAUUCAGUGACGGAUUUGCGUUCUUCCUUGCUCCUUUCGGCUGUCCAGUUCCGGCUAACUCUGCUGGUGCCUUUCUUGGAUUGUUCAACAGAGACACUUGUUUUGAUGAACAGUCCGAAAACCAAAUUCUGGUAGUUGAGUUCGAUACCUAUCCAGACAGAUGGGAUCCUCAUGAACCCCAUGUUGGGAUCAAUAUCAAUAAGAUAACCUCAGCUGUUACCGCCAGAUGGAAUUUUAGCAGCAAACAAUCAGGGAAGGUGGCUAAUGCAAUGAUCACUUACAAUGCUACAACGAAAGAUCUCCAAGUCUUUUGGACAUAUGAGGAAGAUGUAGUGUUUGAUCAUUCCCUUUCUCUUCAUAUUGACUUGAGAAAUGUUCUCCCAGAAUGGGUGACAAUUGGUUUUUCUGCAGCUACUGGAGAAACCGUAGAGACGCAUGUUAUACAUUCAUGGCAUUUUUUUUCAAGCCCGGUUCCUGAUGAAAAAAGUAGCUACAGAAUAAUGAAAUAUUCACAAAGGAGGAAGGUAAUCUUGAUGGCACGGCUCGCUGCAGUUCCUUUGCUUAUUCUGAUGCUUGGUGUUGCCUUGUGUUAUUGGUUGGUAGUGAAUAAGAACCGCAAAGCCAGCACUUAUGGACAAGAUUUGAAUCACUCCAAAACUGUGACCUCCAUAAAUAAGGAUCUUGAGAGGCGAGCCUUUCCGAGACAGUUCACCUAUCAAGAACUACUUGCAGCAACAAAAGGCUUUGCAGAUGAAGCGCGAUUAGGCCAAGGUGGUUCAGGAGAAGUUUACAAAGGAAUCAUACAAGACCUUUGCUGUGCAGUUGCUGUCAAGAGAAUAUUUGCAGAUUCCGAUUGGUAUGAGAAGAUCUUCACCAACGAGGUCCAAAUAAUAAGCCGGGUUAUACACAGAAACGUGGUUCAAUUCAUAGGAUGGUGUUACGACCAAAGCGAGUGCUUACUUGUUUAUGCAUAUAUGCCUAACGGUAGCCUUGACACACAUCUAUUUGGCUCUAGAAAACCAACAUUGCCCUGGCAUAUAAGGUACAAAAUAGCCUUAGGGUUGGCUACAGCCCUUCAUUAUCUACACGAAGAGGCGGAGCAGUGCAUCCUUCAUAGGGAUGUUAAAUCAGCUAACGUAUUGUUGGACAAUGAUUUCAACACUAAGCUUGGUGAUUUUGGGAUUGCGAAGUUCGUGGACUCUCAGCUGAACACACCCAUAAAGGGGGUGGCAGGGACUUUGGGCUACAUGGCACCGGAAUAUGCCAACCAUGGGAGGGUUAGCAAAGAGUCGGACAUAUUUAGUUUUGGAGUUGUGGCCUUGGAAAUUGCUUGCGGAAGGAGGACUUACCGGAACGGAAAAUAUCACUUGCCCCUCUUCGGGUGGGUGUGGCAAUCAUAUGGUGAAGGUAAACUUCUUGAUGUAGCUGAUGAGAAAUUGGAAAUGGACUAUGAUAGAAAGGAAAUGGAAUGCUUGCUAAUUGUGGGGUUAUGGUGCACUAACCCUAAUGACAAAGAAAGACCAAAAGCGGGACAAGUCAUGAAGAUUCUUCAGCUUGAAGCACCAUUGCCGGAACUUCCAGAUGACAUGCAUGGUCAGCCACUGCCUCAAGAUCUACAGCAAUUAGCAGGACUGGACUCCCACGUAUCUUUAACUUCUAGCUUAAACACUGUGGGUCGUUAA